AUGAAUUCCAUGAAGCUUAAAGAGGACGAGACAUUCAGAGCUACAGAAAAUGACCAGGGUGCCAGACCUAAAGUUUUAAAGGAUACUGUCCUGAAGCAGACAUGUGCUGACACACCUGUUGAUCAUUGUUUAUCUGAUGCAAGAGAGUGUAACGACACCUCUAAGCUUAAAAGUGAAGUCAACAAGCAUGGAACAGCCCUUAAAAUUCAGAAUCCAAAUUUGAACACCAAUAAAGAAUGUCGUUUCACCUUUAUUUUAAACGAAAACUUCAGAAAAUUCGACCGUAGAGUGUUUACAGCAUAUGGUGAACCCAAUGAGAACAUCUUCUCAGCUCUGGAGGCUAACGACCACUUCAGUGAAAGGAUGAAGAAGCAUUUAAAUGAGGAUAUUAUUGUUUAUGAAGAAAAAGAAAUAGAAGGAUAUAUAAAUUUAGGAAUGCCUCUCAAGUGCCUGCCUAGAGAUUCUCAUUUUAGUAUAACCUUUGGUGGAAGAAAGAGUAACCAGAAAGAAGAUGGUCAGAUAUUGCGUCGAUGUGAAAAUCCAAACAUCGAAUGCAUUCUUUUUCAUGUCGUUGCUAUCGGCAAGACAAUAAAGAAGCUUGUUAAGAUCACGAAACUUCAUGGAAAAGCAAGUACACUUUGUGUCUAUGCCUUGAAGGGUGAGACUGUCACAGAAGCUUUAUGCAAGGAUGGCCGCUUUCGGUCUGAUUUAGAUGAAUUGACAUGGGACCUAAUGGAAGGCAAUAAGAAAAUUUUUGGAAAAGGAUCCAUGGUGGAUGAAGUAUCUGGAAAAACCUUAGAAAUGGACAUUCCUAGAAAAACAAGUGGCAAGAAAGGUACAAAAAUUAAGAAGAAUGAAAAUACCAGUGAUGAAAUCAAUCCCUGUGGUCUGACGCAGUCUAAGAAAAGGGUCCAUGAACCAGAGAUAGAUGGAGUGACUGAAGAUGUAGAACACAGCAGAAAAAAAAAUCAUCCACCUCAAAGUCUAGGGCAUGAUAUUGAAGGUAAAACUCACCGGACAAUUUCCAGGAUUAGAUGUUAUUAUGUUAAAAGUUCUGUCAGAAACUUGCAAGUUAGGCGAAGGCCCCAUCUCGGUAGACAAUAUGUUACCCAUCUGAAUACCCAAAAGGAAGCAACUCAUCUUUUAAAGAAUCUACAAAUACUAAACGAAGACAUAAUGCAUCAAUAUCCAAAUUUUAAGGAAGAAACACUUUCGAUGAGAAGGUAUUUCCAGGAAGAACGGAAGAGAACAAAUCUGCCAAUGUUUGAGCAAUUCCACAUAUAUAAAAAGUACUUUGGAAAAGUGACUAUGGAUUCUAUUCUAGUUGCAACCUCUGAAAAACUUGAUUAUCAUAGUAAGUCAGUUGGGUUCAUGAAAUGGGACAAUAAUGGAAAUACAGGCAAUGCUACUUGCUUUGUCUUCAAUCAUGGUUAUAUUUUCACCUGUCGACAUGUUUUAAACCUUAUAGUGGGUGAAGGCACAGAUCCACGUUCGUGGCCAGAUAAAAUUAGUAAAUGUGCCAAGGUAACCUUCACUUACAAAGGGUUCUAUCCUACUAGUGAUGACUGGUUUUCCAUUGAGCCGUGGUUUGAAGUGUCUGAUGAAACUCUAGAUUAUGCCAUUUUUAAACUAAAGGAAAACGGAAAUGCAUUUCCUCCAGGCCUGUUUAGCCAAAUUUCCCGUCAACCAUCUAUUGGUGUAGUUUAUAUAAUUGGUCAUCCAGAAGGCCAGGCCAAGAAAAGGGAUUGCUGUGCUGUGGUUUCUCUAAAUGAACGGUUAGAAAGGUUUCAAGACUAUCUUUAUGGUAGGAUGGUAGAACCCCAAGCUGCCACUGGUAAUGUUUGCCCUAUGUUUACCAAAAGAAGUUUCCCAUCUGAGGCUCAGGACACGAACAUGCUUAGUUAUGAUACUUGUUUCGUUGAGGGGUCCUCUGGCUCCCCAGUGUUUGAUGCAUCUGGCAAAUUGGUUGCUAUGCAUGCCUUUGGGAAGUUUUAUAGAUGUGGAAAUAAGAAUUGUGCCCUUGUAGAAUUUGGCUACUCUAUGGAUUCAAUUCUUUGCAAUAUUAAAGAGAAAAAUGAGAGCUUAUACAUAUUAUUAAAUGAAGAGAAAAAUAAGAACUGCAAUGAAGAAAAAAAUAAUGAACAAGAUUCACCACUUCAAGAUCAUCAGAUUGAACCCAUGGAAUACUAG